GCUAAUUUAACCAGCUCCCACUUAAAUCAAGAAAUAACCAUUAUUCUCAUUUCUACCUCCAGCCAGGCCAAAUGCAAGAAAGGAGAAACCUUAGCAUUUAAGGGGUGUAGGAGUGUAUGUGCAUGUGUGUGUGCCUGCAUAUGUGUGUGUGUGUGUGUGUGUGUCUAUACACACACAGGAGCGUGUGUUUCCUCUGCUCCCUCUAUCUCUCCUCUCCCUUCCUUAAAGAAUUCAGCCUGUGGCCACUAGAGGUCUUUUCUUUUCACAUGGUAGCUGCCGAGCAGUUUGUUCGGCUUUUUAUUUAUUCCUACGUGAGCAGACCCACUACACUUCUUGCAUAUAAACAGUGAAAAUUACAAUAUAAAGGACUUAUUAUUCCUUCUUUUGGAGUAAUUUUGCUGCUGGUGAAAGCCUGGCUCAUUGUGCAAGGAAGGGGGACCAUCCUCUGCAGGUAAUUCCACUGCUUCAAGGUGCUCCUCGCCUGCUUGCAGAUCUCAGACCCUAGCUGGUCUCAGACCUCAGCCCCUGAGGCCAAGCAAACAUACAUCAUCAUGGAGGCUGCAGACAUAGCUCACCGUGCCCACAUGUGAACUUCGGCCAAGACACCACAACAGGGACUCUGCCCACUGAAUCCCCUAUGAUUCCUCAAUCCUGUCCUGGUCAUACCCCACUGGGUUUUGUGAGGCUAUUUAGGAAGAUAAGUUUCCCUCACUGAAGAAAAGAGAGACAGCAUGAAAGAAAACAAUGGCCCCAAAGGAGGAAUUUGUGAUUGACAUAAAUGGGAAUGUUCCCUUGGGAGCAUCAUGUAUCACCAAAGAAGCAAACCUCCAGGUCAUUUAUUUCUCCACCUAUUUACCUGCUAUGAAAAGAAGACGCAUUUAAGUUUCCUGCAGUUUCACCCUGGAAAUUAAUGCUCUGGGAAACAAAAAGCUGUAUGUUCUAGAUGUAGCAGGUUUCUUUUGGAAUUCACUCAUUGGGAGUCUGGCACUACCCCCCUAAAUGGUACUUUUGUUGUCGUUUUGUUCAAGACAGCCAGCUUCUUCCAAGAUCAGAACCGCGUGCCAGCCUCCCUUGAUUAACCGCCUACCAGCUCUCUUGGUAGAUCAGAUGUUUAAUAGUUAGCCUAACUCAUUUGUUUUUCCAAGGAGCAAUUAUGACUACAAUGAAUUAGUAUUUUAACUGCAGGGAAAGCAUUACAGAUAGUUCCUACGUAGACUCGAGAGGCUGGGAAUGGCCAACAGGAUUUUCCAUACUAAGAGGAGAGGACCACUCCAUCCUGGCCAGCGGUUCUCUAUGUUUGAAAUACUAUCAUUAGAUACUGCUCCAAAGACCUAAGGGGAGAUGUGCCUAGGAGAAGCGUAUGGUCCUGAUCCUUCCCACUGAGGCUCAAUGGCCCAGCAAAAUAUGAAAGUGAGACCUGUGCUUCUAAAGCGUAACAGUCUAGAAUCAGUGGAGUUUGUGAAACAACCUCACCACCGCAGGAGCAAAUCCCAGCAGGUGAGAUUCAAGGAAGAUGGGACCACUAAGAAUCCAACUGGCCUAGCUGAGGUUGACGUCCGAACUCCAGAAGACCCGGCUGUGAUGGGGAAGACUCAAGCAACCAGGCACCAUCAUCCCCCCACCUACUCGCUCUCCUUCCCCAGGUCCCAGAAGGCAGGGGGCUUUCGCAACAUUGCGAUCCAAACUUCCCCCAGUCUCAGGAAGCAUUUCCCAGUUUUCAAAAGGAAGAAACUCACAGCCAGUAAGUCCCUGGUGGAAAUGCCAACAGCAUCCCAAAGUGCCAUCCAGGUCAACGGCAACCUCUCUGAACAGGACAUUGUGUCUUCCAACCUUGCCUACUUAAGGUUGGCUCAACAUCUUGAGGAUGGGCCUCGAAGGGUCAAGGUGUCCCACGCAUUCCUCCCGAGGGUCCCCAAGGUGCAAAGCAAUGGUCCUGUUAGCAUAUGCUUGGAAGCAGGAACUUGGAGGUCCUUAGAGAAAGCCACAGCUGCCAUUCAGGUUCCAGAUGAUAUUUAUCACAGUCCUUCCUGGGAAGCUAGAGAGUCUGCUCUCAGCCCAGACAGGUCAGCUGAAGUGAGUAACUCCAUACACCCUUUGGAUGACACAUGUCCAGGUGAUGGGAGAAGGGUGACUCCACCAGAUUCAGAAAAAUCCACCUCCUGCUUAAAUGCCACCAGCGUUGCCAGCCACACACCAGGCACAGAGAAACUUAAACCUGAAUUGCUUUUGCCCAAAGACAACUCGGAUGACAAAGACCUUGGCCCACUGUCAUCUCAGUCAAAGGAAACAUGUGUUCCUUCACCUCCACGGACUCACAGUUCCCCCUCACCAGGCUCCCACAUCCAGCCAGCCCACCCAGGAAGAGCCUCAGACUGUCCUUCAUCAAGUAACAAUCACCAGAAUCUGGUGUCACUCAAAACUAACAGUGCAUCGAAAUCUGCCCCUGGGUGUCAGGAGCAGACGGCAAACAACCCCACCGAGUCAGACACACUGGAGUUUCCAAAUUGUCCAGGAAGUAAUCACCUCCCAUCCUCUGUUCCAAGGAGUGAGACCAAACUUCAGAGCACCAGGGAGAUUAGUGAUAUUAAUCAAAUUCACCUGGCACGGGGUGAACUCUGCGACCUCCAAGGCCGACUGCAAUCCGUGGAGGAAUCUCUGCACUCGAACCAAGAGAAAAUUAAAGUCCUUUUGAAUGUAAUUCAAGACUUGGAGAAAGCUCGAGCUCUCACUGAAGGGCGCAACUUUUAUCGAACUGGCCAAGAUCUCAACAAUUGCAGUACCUGCCAGAACACGGCGUGCAUCAUAUACAGUGUAGAGUAUGAUUUUCGGCAGCAGGAAGGCAGGUUCCAUGAAGUUUUGCAGAGUCUGGAGGAAGCAGAGCCAGUUGAGGAGGCAUCGCCCCCACCAAAGUCCCCAGCAGAACCCCCAGCCCCGGAAAAGCAGGACUUAAGGCGGAAAACCAAGAAGGUGAAAAAGAAAUGCUUCUGGUGGAUCUGAGCUGGUUGGGACCAUCCCCCAGCCCCCCACCUCCACGUACUUCCUGAGAUGGGAAAUCCACUGCACUUAAGGCCUGUCCUGCUUCUUUGCAAAGGCCCUGGGCUGUGAGUCCCUUGGCCUGUGAAACAGAAGAGCCUUGGAUCUGAUGUAGCCGCUGCUGGACACCUGACCACCAUCCUUACCUGAGUGCGUGCCACUGCUUGCUGAGGGCUUCACGGACACUAGAGUGACCACUUGCCAAGUUCCCUGUCACACUCAGCCAGAACUCAUGCUGAGUUGCAAGUCCAGAUUCCCACCACGAGCAAAACCCCACACUACACCUUCCAACAGCUCCGCAAUGCUAAGCACUUCCUCCCAUCCUGGGUUCAUCAACCCAAAAGAAAAAAAUAGUGUUGUGCAGAGCCAGAAGAUAGAGGGAGGUUAUAGGUUAUAAGCAGGUACCACAGAAAAAAAAUGAGAUAAAUUGGCAGUUUUCUAAGAUAUCAGCAUACAUAAUAAGCACAAGAGAAGUGGGCAGGGCAUAAAAUGCACGAUCACCCUGGUGUGUUGGGUUGUUUUCCUUUUUAAUUAGCCCCUUGAUCCCAAAUUAAGGCUCUGUCAUCUCAUGGUGCAUGAACCUUUCUGCCUGUGGCAGAGUCAGGCCACCCCAAGGUAUAAACUUGUUGGUGUGGCUGUGCUGGACAAGUGUAAUUCAAAGAGGAUUUCAGCAGUUGUAGCUGUUCCAGGGCCCACCCUAAACCAUCACGUUCUUCUUUGCCUGGGGCCUAAGACCACCUGGCAAAUGGGUGGAAUCUGUUUUCAGUGUGAACUUUAGGACUCCAUAGUUAACUUACCUGCAAUAUUUAAAAUCAUGAGAUCCAGCAACCUAUCCAUCAGUUACAUCUUAUGAGCAACAUAGAUAAGGCUAAGAUAAAACACAACACUGUUUCUCAUCCCUCCAUCCCAGAAACAGCCGUGUAGAUAGGUUCAAACAUAUAUUAAUCGACACAGUCUCCCUUCCUGGUGACCACGCAAUGGUCACCUGAUUGAAAAACUAGCAGGACUGUGGAUGAGGAUAUAGUUUUUUCUGUUUUAGUUUUAAAUAUCUUUCUAUCCCGAAGUCUGAGUUUUUCAAGGUCUGGCUCAUUCUGUUGACAAGACCUACAUACAUGUGGAUCCAGUCAAACUUGCAUGGCUGAAUAAACUACUAAAGUAACAUAAUUAAGUAAUUGCUAAUAUACUCUUGUGGAUGAGGGGUAGGAUGGAAAGGCUCAGAUUCCUUCUGGUUGAAUUAAAUUCUCUAUCAGCAUGUGGUUAGAUUGACAUUGCUAGAAAGGGAUCCUGAAACUAAACAUAUAUUAAACGAAGAAGGUAUUUUGUAAUUUCCUUGGCUGAAGAUCCAGUGUCUAAGCUAGAAUCUUUGCAGAGCACAGAAUCCUGUGUGUUCGUGGGAUGUACCUACCCCACUGCAAAUUGAGCCUAAUUGAGCAAACCACUCCGAUGGUUUCACCUUCCCCUGUCAUAGUGAUGCAGUGCACAAAGCUAUUUCCGUGAGAAUGAAAGGGAAAUUUGGCAAGGAAUAUCAGCUUGCACUAUUUAAGUCUUGGAAUGUCAUUCAAGAUGUUCUUGUUCUGUUUCUAGUGUAAUGUUUAAGCCCACAGAAUGAGACCGGAAUAUAUAAAGUCAUGUUAGAAUUAAGAUAAAUACACUUGUCAUACUUAAGAAGCCACAUUUCAAUAAGAUAUGCUACCACUGGCUAGAAGUCACAGAUUUUUUUUUCCUGUAUCCAUACGAUCAACUCUCAAUCAGCCCCAGCAAUGGAAAAGAACAGAAUAGAGGAUAAUCCAAUAAAGUGAAAUCAUUUGGGACCUCUUAUGUAAUUUUAUCUUGUAGUAGAGCUUCCAUCUUAAUUUGCUUUGCUCACACUAAUUUCAUGUGAAUUUGUGUUCUCGGGCAUCAUGCUAGAAUGUAAAUAACCCUGUUCCUAGAAUUAAGAGAUCCAGGCAACCAAGCAGUCUAUCCCACUAGCCUUUGGCAAAUGGCUUAAAUUUCCAGGGCCUGUUUGUCCGUUCUUGAAUAGAGAUAAGAACAUAUGCUUUCCUACUUUAUAAACUCUUAGCACGUUCCACAUUAUGUGAGCUGAGUGACUCAGAGCUGAGCUGGAUUACUGGCCAAAGUUAGCCUGGCAAGAUAAAGAGACGUUUGAGGUACCUCACCAAAAUUAAUAAGCUCAUGUGGUCAUAGAUAUGUUUCCAGUUGGGGCCCUCACAUGAACCCUUAACUGAAUUAAAUAAAACUGGGACUAGAAAAUGUUGACAUUUUCUGCACUUCCCCAACAACAACAACAAAAAGAAAAUGUUGACAUUUCCAGAAAUACAGCCAGACAAGGCUAUACUGAUUCUACACCAAAGCACAACACCGCAUUGCUUGGGCCACUGACCUGAAACUGGGAAGGAGUUCUCUUCUGAAAAAUUGAUAUUUAAAAGCAUUGUGAGGAAAUAGGAUUCCAUAAACAUUUUCCUGAUGAACAAAAAUGAUCGUCUGUAUGUUUAAAAUACCAUACACACAUAUACCAAAAUGCAUACUCACUUAUUCAUGUGAAAAUCACUGCUUCUUUGUAAAAUAUUAUGUAACAUCUACAAGGAUAUUCUACAGAAAUGCUGUACUUGAGGUUAUCUGGUUUUCUGGAGAGACAUUAAUUUAGCAAAAAUUACUUUUAUAAAAUGGAAAGGAAAAAGACCAAUACAUCAACUUAAAUUGCAGGAGUUUAUGUAGCUGCUUUCUCUGUAGUUUAAAAAAUAAUGCAUAAAUGCGUACUCACUAUCCUUGGAACUUAAUACCAGCUCAUCUAUAGAGCACCUUCUUAAAGACGAUGUACUGAUGUAAGGUUUUGUAAAUUUCUAAACUGUUUUAAAUGGGAUAUUAUCUUUUGCAAUAAACUUACAUAUUUUUU